AUGGCGAAUACGAAAGAAAUAACAUUCAUUCUCCUGAUCCUGCUAAAACUAUCAAUCGCCAACGCAUACAACAACCCCAAUAGUGAGUACGAUCUCAAAGGUCCGGAGUUGCCGGCCGCCAUUACCGAGAGGGUCAAGAGCAUAAUCGUACACCCGGAUUUCGAAUGCGGCAGGUGGACCAGCGACAUAGCCCUACUCGAGUUGAGCACCCCGGUCGAGUGGUCCGAGAGCGUAAAGCCGGCCUGCCUACCCCCGAAGCAUGGUAGCACCGACUACACCUUCUUCACUGGCAAGAACGCGAUUGCGGCCGGCUGGGGUUGGCUAGGCGAAGAUAAGUCCGUCUGUGAGUAUCAAAAAGCCAGCAUUUUACAAAAAGUUGGGGUUAACAUAAUUGAAGACGAAGUAUGCAGCCAAUGGUACGCUAGUCAAGGAAAGUCAUUUCGCGUAAAAUACGGACAAAUGUGUGCUGGUCAUGAGAAUGGUGGCCAUGAUGCUUGUGCGGCUGAUAGUGGUGGUCCACUAAUGUUUUCUAGCAAAAAUAAGAAUACAAUGGUUAUUGGAAUUGUCUCUUCGGGCAUUGGUUGUGCGAGGAAACGACUGCCAGGAAUUUACACGCGAGUAUCGGAAUUCAUUCCUUGGAUUAUCGAAAAUACGCGAAUUUAAAUUUUAGUUACGUACAAAUUCAUGCAUUCCCAUUUA